GGAGUAACGUAAAAAAGCCCUUUACGUCAGCAUAACAACAACUUGUCAUGAGAGCUCGUACGGGGAAAAUCAAUACUUAAAGACUGUAUAUCAAAAUAAAUGAAGUCACAAUCAUCUGGAUGUAAGAUUUAUCAUUAAAGAGCGCGAUCCAGGACGGACUGGUCAUUUUGAACUCUGACGUCUGGCCAGCCGAAGAGACGGGGAACAGGAUUGGGAAGCAGGGCGAGGCGGGCCCCGCGGAGCCGGUGGAGAAGAUGGCCGGCAGCCCGGAGAAGAGUUCCACCGCGCAGGAGUUGAAGGAGCAGGGGAACAGGCUGUUCCUCUGCCGCAAGUACCAGGAGGCUGCAACCUGCUACAGCAAAGCUAUUAACCGUAAUCCAUCAGUGGCUGUAUACUACACCAACAGGGCCCUCUGCCAUGUAAAGCUGCAGCAGUAUGACAAGGCUCUGGCUGACUGCAAGCAUGCUCUGGAGCUGGACAGCCAGUCCGUUAAGGCACACUUCUUCCUGGGUCAGUGUCACCUGGAGCUGGAGAACUACGACGAGGCUAUUGGAAACCUGCAGAAAGCGUAUAACCUGGCAAAAGAGCAGAGGCUGAACUUUGGAGACGACAUCCCCAGUGCGUUACGCAUCGCCAAGAAAAAACGUUGGAACAGCAUCGAGGAGAAGCGCAUCAACCAGGAGAACGAGCUGCACGCCUACCUGACCAAACUCAUCCUGGCUGAGAAGGAGAGAGAACUUGAAGAAUACAGAGAAAAACAGGAUGACAAUCAAAGCGGAGGAGAUGCAGCAAAGAUUUCAUCAAAACACGACAAGUAUUUAAUGGACAUGGACGAGCUGUUCUCCCAAGUGGACGAGAAAAGAAAAAAGCGAGAGAUUCCAGAUUAUCUUUGUGGGAAAAUCAGUUUUGAGUUGAUGAGGGAGCCCUGCAUCACACCCAGCGGGAUCACUUAUGACCGCAAGGACAUAGAAGAGCAUCUACAGCGAGUUGGUCACUUUGACCCAGUCACCCGAAGUCCCCUGACCCAGGAUCAGCUGAUCCCCAACCUGGCCAUGAAGGAAGUGAUUGAUGCCUUUAUCCAGGAGAACGGCUGGGUGGAGGACUACUGAGGAGGCUCGCUCCUUUUCUCUUCCAGGAGCCAACACCAGACCUGGAUAAGAAUAUAGAGAACAGAUCACCCUUUGCCUGGAUAUGAACUUUACUCAAGCCACACAGGAAACUACCAAACGGGGAGUAUAAAGCAUCCCAGUUUGCAUCCUCCCAACGGUUUUGUUCUUGGCUGUAAAACCUUUUGUUGCAGCUCUCGGAGGCUUGGUGUUCAUGGCCUGUUGCUCCCUUUAAGACCUGAUCACUCUUUCUCUCGUUCAGCUUCUCUAUCGUGUUUUUUUUUUAAAUUUAAUUUAAUUUUUUUAAGUCGUCCAGCCUGACUCCUCCUGUCUUCAUAAUGGGGCUUGUACUCAGGUCUCUGCCGCACUCUGCCUGCUUUAUCUCUGAGUGCCACAGUUACUGGGAAACAUUAGCAUCACACUCUAGUGUUUCACAUAUACCUACAGUAGGUCUCUAAAUACACACAUAUAUACUUAAAUAUAAAAUAAACCAACAAAUUUUGCUGACAGACAUUUUAUUUGAUAUCUAAUCCAGUAUUUUUGUCAUAUUUCAUAAGAAAAAGAGCAUCUGCCCAUCUAUUCUAGUAUAUUUGUUGAAGUGGUCAGAAAUGCCAAUAGACGUUUUUAGUUUUACUUGAUGCAUCGAGAUGCUGGUGGCGCUCAGACCCAACCGUCUUUGUCACUUUAAGGAUUUGAGUAGAAUAAAAAGGUUUUCCUCUCCUUUGCAUAUCAAUCACACCUUCAAACAGACAAUUCCAAUAAGUCGAAUGAAUGAGUUCUGUAUUUUUUUUAGUUUUAGAGUCAGUCCUCAGCGAUUUGCCAUGUUUUUCUGAAACGCCUUGAACUGGAAACAGAAAAUAAAUGGCUGCAUAUAUAUAUAAACAACGUUCCCACAUUGCUGGAUAUGAGUUCAGAAUGUUCAGCUGUUGCUAAAACCCGCGUUGACAAAUGGUUGUUUGUGUUCCUGAGAUGUUCGGUGUUGCUCGUGCUGUUUGCCUUGAGUGAAUGUGGACGCUCACGUCGAGCAUGAAGUGGAUUUUCUUCUGUACAAAAACACGAAGAUGCUUUGUAUUUUUCCUAAGCUUUCGCUGUUUUAUUUCCUUUCUCUGAGUGUCAGACUUCCACAAACUAACCCGAGUCCAGUCGCAGAGAUUAGAGGUUGAGUUGCAUCACUGCCCCCAGCAGCUGCCAUGCUAAUGCUGGAAGAGCCGCGACCAUCUUAAUUCCCCUUACCUCCAUCUGAGUGUUUGUGUGCCGCAUCUCCAAUGUCCUUCAUUAAACACAACAAAGUCCAAGUGGUUUACAGGUGUUUGUCCAGCUGAAUGUGUGUGUGCGUGCAUGGAUGCGUGUGUGUGGUGAAUCAGGUUUUGUCCAGCUGAAUGUGUGUGUGCGUGCAUGGAUGCGUGUGUGUGGUGAAUCAGGUUUUGUCCAGCUGAAUGUGUGUGUGCAUGCAUGGAUGUGUGUGUGGUGAAUCAGGUUCGUCGAAGGCUGCUCGUACUGGAGUGCAGGAGAUGUAUAUAAACUUCUGGUGUUACUCAGAUUUUAUUUCUUGACACGAUAAGGUUUUUUUUUUCUUUCUUAGAGAAAUCCUAGAAAUUGAGAAGCUGUAUUAAAUGUAGAUAUGUUAAUAACAUUAAUGCCUGAUUCUGUUUUCUUUUGUUCCCAUUAAAACGUGAACUUGGAA